GCUAUCUUCGUGCCAGCUGAUGAUUUGACAGAUCCUGCUCCAGCCACCACAUUUGCUCAUCUGGAUGCAACCACUGUGCUGUCUAGAGGAAUUGCAGAAUUGGGUAUCUACCCAGCUGUGGAUCCUCUGGACUCCAACUCACGUAUCUUGGAUCCCAACGUUGUGGGUGAGGAACAUUAUUCCACUGCCAGAGCUGUUCAAAAGAUUCUUCAGGACUACAAGUCACUUCAAGACAUCAUUGCUAUUUUGGGUAUGGAUGAGCUGUCAGAAGAAGACAAGCUGACAGUGGCCAGAGCUCGCAAGAUGAUGAAGUUCUUGUCCCAGCCCUUCCAGGUGGCAGAAGUCUUCACUGGUUCUGAAGGCAAAUAUGUCCCACUCAAGGAAACCAUCAAGGGAUUCAAGAUGUUGAUUAAUGGAGAGCUGGAUCAUUUGCCAGAAGUAGCUUUCUACAUGGUGGGCAGCAUUGAAGAAGUUGUUGAAAAGGCUGCCAGGCUUGCAGAGGAGCAGUCCUAA